GUAUAGAAUAAUGUAAGUAUUUUCAGCAUUUUAACCUGUUGCAUAAAAUUUAGUUCCCUUUUAGGUUAAUUAAAGCUGUUGGUAUGAAAAUUUUAAUGAUUCUAGACCAAAAACAGUGUCUAUCCCGUGUAUAUUAGCAAAACACCCAGAUUGGCAAAUAUUAAGGCCGAAUUUGGUACCAUUUAAAGAUGGAUUUUGUACAUUACAAGAAAACGUUGUAAACGAUCAUUUGGAUUGUUAAUUUUAAACACGUACGCGUUUUGUUUGUUGCGCGAACACUUGUGGCUAGAUAUUGCCGUCUAAAUUGCCGAGAAACUAGAAGUAACCGUUAUACGCCGACCCAGAGAAAAUGAAGAUCGGUUACCCGAAGGGAGAUAACUAUAAGCUGGUUUUAGCCGGGCUACAACCAUGCCAGAGAAGAUAUAUUGAGUGUUUAGCGUCUUGCAGCGAAGAGGAGCUUUUCCUCCAUCUGCAAACAUUCACACAAUGGGUUUGGGAAAAGAGCGAUAUUAUAUGCUGGGCUCCAGUUCUUAAUAGAUUUGAUGAUCUCUUUAAUCGCUAUGUUACGCUUCUUAAGGAUUCUUCCGGACAGUUUCCAAGUCCAGAGAAUGUGGAACUUGUCAAGAGCGCGCUUAAAACAUCAAUCAUGAUUGUAGAGAAUUGCACAUCAAAGAAUACAUACAAUUCACUGGAUCUCUUAAUUCACCUUUUGGAUGAUGUCAAUCUUGAUAUUGUGUUUCUAGCUACAAGACUACUCUCUGUUUUUUUCAGUAGCAGAAAUCGCAGAAUGGCACUCUCCAAGGAAAUUUCAUUGGUAAUUACCAGACUCUCCACAUUCAUAGAGAAUCCACUUCCAGAUAAAACUUGUAAUAUUGCUUCAACUACUCCUACCGAAUUUACAAGGAAAAUAGAUCAAGAGACACUUCCAAUGGUUUUGGACCACUAUUUUUGUGCUAAUAGGUAUUGGCUAUCUAGUGAAUCGUUUGUGGAAAUUGACAUUGGUAGGCCAGAGUUGCUCAAGAUUCCAGUUUUCGAGGUUCUCAGUGUUGGUGAUGUGAAUUUUACAGCUUUGCGUGAAUGGGUUUUGAGUUUAAAGAAUCAAGAUUUAUUUCCCCAAGUUUUAAAGAGUUUCAGGGUGCUAAUUGACAAGUAUCAGAUUGAAGAUAGGUAUCACCAUGUAUUGAAAUACAAAAUAGCAAAAAUAUUCUCUCUUUACUUUCCCUCCUUGCAACGUACUAUUGUGAACAUUCGUUUGUCAUCGCUCAUUUGCCUCUUAUUGAUCAAUACCUCACUUUAUUCACAAUUCUUGACUUAUAACCCAUCAUUUUUGCUAGAGCUCUCCUACUUUAUAAAGUUCCACAGGUUUAUUGAUCGUUCAACUAUGAUAAUCGCAAGUGAAUUGUUAUCAGCAAUGAUUUACGAUGGUAUACAGUAUAAAUUGCUCUCGAAUCUUCUGGGCUUUAUGGUUCCUCAUGGUAUUUUUGUCAAGGUUUUAAAGUUUUACCUGAAUCACGUCCACGAAUCUGAGAAAUCUACGCUAGAUAUACAGCACAUGGAAAGUUGCUCUGGGGCAGGUAAACGCGAACAGUUGAAUUGUGACGAGCCUUUUACAUUUUCAUCUACCUCACUUGAUGAAAGUAUGGCUGUAGAUGCAGCAACACCCAUACAUGCUACGUUUUAUAUUGGAGGUGACGAAGAAAAGUGGAACUGGGAUUUGAGGUUAUCCACAGAGGAACUCAGGGCACAAGUUGCAGAGGAUGAGGAGUUCAUGCGCAUACUAUUACAACUGCUGAUCGUCUAUUACUCUAUUAUAUCUUACCAUGGAAAUUGCAGCGCUUUAACGAGUAUUGGAGUUUUGGAUAGUCUGGUUAAAUUUAUAAGGAUAAGGAAUCCCAUAUAUACUCCUGUGAUUAUAUACGUUGUCCAAGUAUUGGAAGCUCUAUUGGACUACAACCAAGCUGUUUCACGAAGCCUGAGAAAUGACUUGCAACUAUUUCACGUAUUUAUCUCCAGAAUCCAGUAUGACAUGCAUAAGAUUCAGAAUUUUAUUCAUUUUGGAAAUCUUGAUGCAGAUUUGAAGCCCUGGCCAAAUGGAUGGAAUCUCCCAGACGUAAAAAUGGAGAUGGUACUUCGGACGUAUUGGUUGUCCCUCAGUGAAAUAAGUGCAAGACGGUUUCUUUUCAAAACUAUCGUAAAAGAUAUAUAUUCGGUAACUAGACCAUAUUCCAUAAGGAAUGAAAUAAAUGAUCACGAUGUUUUUGGCCCAGGAAGUCCCAUGAUUUCUGUAGUACUUGAAAUAUUUAAGGAUCCAAAGUCGUAUGGACUGGGGAUUUAUAGCUCCGCAAUCACUCUUAUAUUGGAUGUAAUAGGAGAAGAUCCUAUAUCACAAGAAGAUUUGCAUAGGUUAGGUAUAAUACCAGCAUUUUUGAACUCUAUAUCGGAGGAAAGCCUAAAGUCCGAAGACUGCCUGAGCAUUAUUCCAACAGCAAUUUGUGAUUUGUUUUUGCACAAGAGUGGCCAAGAAUAUAUUAAGAACAAUAACUAUAAACAUGUUUUAAGGUUGGUUGAUAUUGUUGUAAAGAGGGAGUUUGUUUUAUUCGAUCGUUUUGGUGAAGUAGCAGCGUCAAUAGGAAUAUCUUUGGAUACUAUUGUUAGGCAACACGAAUCAUCUCAUUCUAUAAUAAUGAGACAUGUUAUUCAGGUUAUAUUUGAUUUAUUACAAGAGUCCUUGCAAUUUCCAUCAUUCAUUCCCUGUGACCCAAAGAAAUAUUCAGAGAGGGUGGAUUCAUACUUGCAGCAGUUCCGUACUACGUCUGCAGAGAUAACUAUUGAGAUGCUUUCAACACUAGACAAGUGCAGUAGUCAUGAUUUUUAUGCGGAUAGGAUAGCAAAUUUGGGAAAGUUUCUAUCGACAUUCUUGUCCUUUGGUCAAAGUAUAUCGCACUUUAUCUCAUGUGAUGGAAUCAAACUGUUAAUGCAGUUAUGUACGGCGCCAUGCCUUCCCCCCUUAUUUUUUAGUGUAUAUCCUCAACAUCCUUUGGUUUUGGCUACAAAGUAUAUUUUAAGUCAGGCUGUAGCACCCUCUAUAGUUUAUCUGCAUUCCUUAUGUAAACCAUAUGUGGGUCCCGAGUUAUUUGAUCGUACUACUCCCAUGGAUAAUAUAAACUGGAGAGCUUCUCACGGAACUAAUCACUUUCUCUACUCUAUGCACAAGGAUAAUACUGGUAUUUAUACCGCUGGUUGUUGCGGUCAACAUCAAAUGGGUGUACAGCUCAAAAAUUUGUCGACUUGCGAAAUGCACACUACUCUGACUCUUUGGUUGGAAUCUUUUGUGUUUGGAUUCCCUGGUCUUUUGCAUACAUUUCAUGCUUCUUUGAGUGAUACUGAUAAGGAAACUGCCUUCUUUCUCUCAAGUAAACACAAUUCACACGAGCAUCCGCAGCUUCGUGGGUUCAAGUCGUUUAUAAAUGACGCCAAGAACGCAAAUACCGAUGCUUUAUUCUCUGCAAACGAUUUGUUUUGGUCAUCACAAUGCACAUAUGCAUACAGUUUACCAAAUUCUGCCUUUUCUGGUGGUCACUUGUCCCAUGAACGACGUGCUUUAAGUUUGGAGAUGUGUCGUUUGACUUUAAUUGCAUCAAGGUCACUUUUAUUCUCUUUAAAUGCAUCGGUAAACAAGGCAUUACGAGGAUUGAAACCAGAAAAUGAAUGCCUUAAAGCUCAUAUUGCUAAAAAUUCCUACUCAAUUGCUACGGCUGUUAUGAUGUUGGCAAACGAAUUUCCAGAUGUAAAGAAAUGGCAAAGUAGUGAACCUGUAUUCCUUAAAAAUAUGGAUUGCAUCAAGACUGCACGUUACUUUGCCGAGUUUAUGGAAUUCGUAUACAAGCUCUGUAUUGAUGAGAAAAAUAAUAACUCAUUAUUCGCUCUUACUACUUGCAUGAUCACUGGGCUGGAUGGAAUGAAGACAAUAACAUCGAUAUUUGACUAUUUGUUAUCGCUUUACAUCGCAUGUUCUCUUGCAAUUGCUCUUAGACUAAAUCCAUCGUUGUCUUGCAAUGAUGUUCUUGGAAUUGAGGUUACUAACCAUACGUCACUCUUCAACUUUGUAAUUGCUACAGCUAAUGCUCUAACAUCACAUGACUUGAAAUGGAUAAAAUCAUCAAUGGUUGUUCUGGGAAAGACCAUACAGGUAGCACUUAGCCUUUUUUGUAGACUUUGUAAUCCAAGAACUAUGCUAAAUGUUACAGUGGAUUCUAACCUUAGGGAAUUUAUCAGCAGACAUUUCUGCCCGGAAAAUAUGGAUCUUCCUUGUUCAUUGAAGGAUCACACUUCUUGUUCAUCUAAAUGUCACAUUUCAAUUGGUCAGAUAUUCAAGAACAUUGUGGCUACAAUAUCUUCUACAUGUUGGCCAUGGUUGAAGGUUUUCUCUCAAAUGCAGCCAUCUCUCCCAAGCAGUAGUACUGCAAGUAUUGGUUUUUAUAUUUCUCCAAAAAUGUUGUCUUCUUUGUUAAAGGUUCAUGUUUAUAUUUUGGACUAUGCAUCAUCAUCUAGGCAACAAGCACUUAAUCUAUUCUUUCUCAAGAUGGAUACCAGCUUGGGAGAGCCAUCUUCAGAGAUGGAGGGUAUAUCUAGUAGCAAUUUGAUCCAGCCAUUUUUGGGAACUAAUAUGCGCCGUAACAGGAGACUGAGGAAUAGAGAAGUAAAUUCAAACAGGGAGCUCGCAAACAGUGGAGACGAGGCUAACGAUACGGAUGGAGAUUAUGAACUUGAUAGUACUGGACGAAUUCAAAAUAUGGAUUCUGUGCGCUCACAUUUGUCAGAAAUGGGAUUCAGUGAUCGUGACAUUUCUAAUGCAAUCUCUCAUUGUGGUAUUUCCGAUUUAUUGACGUUGACUGAUUGGCUAAUUAAUGUUUCAGAGUUCAAUCAAAAUGUGCCAGAGUUUGCUGAUUUACCGCUAACCUCGAAUCAUAAUGAGCGUUAUGAAACAAUAUCAAAGACAAUUAAGGAUUCUAGCUUAUUUUCAGACUUUGAAACACUACCUAUGCCCUUUUUUGCGCAGGAUGCAGACGUAGUUGUAUAUAUCGAAGAUGUAGAUUUAAAUGUAGUUCCAGAGAUUCGUAGAAAUAUUAUUAAAUUGUUGCUAAUGUUCUGCAAGAAUAUGCCAAUAACGCUGAGCGUUAUUUCAGAUUGUUUGUUCCGUAUAUUGGCCCUUAAGCUAGAUGUAGUAUAUGACGAUGAAAUCAAUGCAUCAUCAUUUGGUGGUAUUUACAAUGUGGAAAGUACACAUGAUAAAAAUAUAUUGCACAUACUCGCUUUUAUUCAUAGAGAGAUUAAGACAGUGCACUCUCAGAUUUCGCAGACACAAGUGAACUUUGGGUCAGAGGAUAUUGCCUCUAUAUUUAGUCCUAUAAUUUUCAUGAAUGAAACAGAUAGACAAACCGCAUUUGAAAGAGCAGUGUGUGGUGGAAAAACAAGGUUGGAUGAACCUUAUAAUUAUUCGAUGGCAAAGACCCACGAAUAUCUUGCAUCUCUAUUUUAUCUUUUGGCGUAUCUCCUAGGUGGAAGGGAAAGUUACACUCAUUUAGCACUGAUGUUUGAUGAUUUUGUGGACGUUAUUUUUUCUAUCAUUGAACUAUUCCAUAAAAUGAGGUUGGAUGCAUAUAAUAGCGGUGUAAUAACACUUGCAAGCAUGGGAUUAAAGAAGGCAUUACCUGAUAUUUCUGUAAAUAUUCCAGAGUGGUGUUUGCUUGGUUCAGGUGAUUCCACUGGACCUUCAGAAUACGAUAUGGUAAAAUAUGGUUUUUGUUGCACAUCUCGCGUACCACAGGUUGCCUCACCUCCUCCAUUUUUUAAGUUUGCUUUCAUUUGUAUUGUUGAAUUUAUGAAAAAGUACAAUUUGUUCGAUUUGUCAGGUUUAUACACAGAAAAUGACGAAAAAAUUAAAAUUGUGACCUCUUGCUCGACACGAUUCAUUAAGAAAGAUAUGCAGGAGAAGCUCUUGAACCUCUGUAUGGGCAUAUCGGAGCUCUUCCCAGGUUUGGACGCUGAUUUAUUACUCCCUAUCUUGUGUAUUGUUGAUAAAUUAACAGAGGUUUGCAGUAAUUCGGAAAAAUUGCUCCAAUAUAAACCUGUUACAUUCCAUCAAUCUAAAUCCAUAAACAGACAGAACCUUGGAUCUUUGAGAAUUUUGUUGAACAUUCCAAAAUCGGCACAAUGUAAAGGAAUAUUGAGAUUAGUCUCUAAUAUAUUUGUGCACUGUUUGGAAAGCCGAAAUACACUCGAGGAAUCAAUGAAGGAUAGGAUAAUUGGCAUACUAUCAUCUGCAGAUACUCUCUCUAUGCCAUUGGAUAAAUUCGUCCAAGAGGUUUACCCGUUUGUAAAAAAGGAUCCCUUGUUACUCUUGGACUUGUUGAAACGCCACACUGUUAUAACCAUACAGAGCUCUGAAGUUCAUGAGGAAAAUGAGCAAUCAUAUAUAGAAGUAAAGGAUUUGACAAUUGCAUUAAAAUCUGCAAAUUUCUUAAAGGAUGCGCUCAUGGAAGAAAUGAUGGGAACUGGAAAAAAUGUAAAUAUGGAUGCAGUUGAUUAUGAAACUCUUUAUGCAAAAAAGAACCUUCACAUUUCUCGAUUGCUGCUUGAACAUAUGCACAUAUUUGGCAAUAUUCAUGGACUAACAAAUACUCUUCCAAAGAGCAAGUCAAAGCCACUUUAUCCAUUUUCAUUAACACUAAACAGUGUCUUCUUCCUUUUGAACGCAAUAUUCCACAAUUUCCCACUUCCAGAAUCCAUUAGAGAUGGAGCUGCUCUCAAUAUUCCCAUUGAGUUGCCAUACAAACCACUUCCUUGGAAAUUUGACAAGAUUGAAAGAUGUAACUCGAAAUCUCUUGUUAUUUUUCUUUCAAGGUAUAUGUUCACAAUGAUAUGCUCUCUCUCUGCGCCAAAAAAUAUGUCGACACCCGAUGAAGCUUCUGUGCAAUCCAAAGCAGAAUUUGAAGCCGUUCAAAAGUUAAUCAUUGAUUCACUGGAAAACUAUACGAAUACUUUGAUACUACUUGCAUUAUCAUCUUCUGAAUUUUGUCUAACAAUUAUAAGUGAAAUUGGAAACUUGCUACAAUCAUUUGUCGGAUUAGAUAUGGCAGAAUGUGGAGUUUAUUUGUUUCCCAUUGCUAUUUAUACUCUAUGUAAUUUGCUACACCAUUUGUUGCAAAUUCCAUUUGAUCAUGUGCAAGUCUCUUCCGAGACAUUUACUCAAUUGAAAAAGGCGCUAACGUCCCUAUUUCACAAAAUUGAUUUAUUCAAGGAUGAAUCAAAGAUUGUUUGCGGUUCAAUCGUUAGGGUUCUAGUACUGUUAACAUCUCCAAGCAAGAAUGUUGAACUUGUAGAUAAUGAUUCUAGUGCAGAACCUUCAGCCUUGGUUGUUGAAUUGGCUGACGACUCUAGUUCAGACGAUUCUAGCCUAAAUAUGGAAGUAGAUUUAGAAUCUGAUGAAGAAUCCGAGUCUGAAGUAUCUGAAAUUGAUGAAGAAAUAUCUGGUGAGGAAGAUGAUGAAGAAAUGGCUGACGAUGAGGAUAUGUCUAGCGAAGAUAUGUCAGAUACUGAGGAUGAAGGUGAUGACGACGAUGGGGACGAUGUGGAUAAUGAUAAUAUAAUGGAAGAUAUAACCGAUGACCUCAACGAUAUAGAAAUGGCACUACCUCAUCAAAUUGAUGAAGAAUACGCUUCUAAUCACUACUCUGAUUCUGCUUCUAGCUCAAGUAUGGAUGACGUCGAAGAGGAUGAAGAUGACGUGCCUCGCAUAAGGGUUGCCGGUGAGCUUGAUGAAACAAACAUGGACCAUAAUGUGCAAGAGGUCAUUGAAAAUCCAGAAACUAACCUGAGUAUUGCUGAUGACGCAGACGAAGAUAGUGAAUUCUCUGGUUCCCAAAGUGAUUCUGCACCUUUAACUACUUCUGUGGAACAAAUAAUAUCAGACUCUGUACCAUUAUUAAACAAUUUAUCAUUUCCGGUGAGUGAUGGAAGUUCUAGGCAAACAUCAGCCUCAAGAAACCAAAAUGGAACAAUACACAUUGAAAUACAGUUUGGAAAUAAUCAAAGAGCUGUUCGCUAUCUAAAUAAUCCCAACAGGAUAUCACAAACUGAGAGCGCUUCUGUGCAGAUGCAGCAAGGUCAACCCAGAAAUGAAACAUGGUCUAAUAGCGGAGAUUUGGAAGUUCCAGAAAAACAUCCACUACUUCCAUCAACUAAGAAACAACUUUGUAGCUUUGAUAUGGAUUCUGACUUUAUGAACAUUAUAGCUCUAAAUGUUCAAAAGGUCCAGGUUAGGAACGAUCCAAUUGUACCCGAGCAAACUGAAGAAAUAUGUGAAUCACCACAAGAUGAGGAGAACAUGGAAACUGAAAAUGUAGAUGCUGUGCAUACCAAUGUAGAACAAAAUUCUAGCGCAGAGAAUACUUCUGAAUCAGCCUAUGAGAGCAGGUCAUUACGCAUAAUAGCGCAAGCUCUGGGGAUUUCCUACAAUGAUUUGUUCGGGCUUGCUAACAUGGACCCAUCCGUCAUUUCUGAGCUUCCAUAUGAUCUACGCGAUGAAAUUAUUUCUCAGCAACUCAAUACAAUCAAUGUGGAUGCUGUUGCUUCCAUGAGAGAUGUUAGAGCUAGAAAUACGCUUAGUCCAGCAAUAACAGCGAUUCCAUCCAGAAAUGAACUGCAGUAUUUGGAAUCUCUCCCUAGAAGCCUAAGGUUGGAUGUUUUGCGUUCGUUGUAUGGAGAUAAUUCUAACGAAGCUGAUGAAAUAAAUGCUACAUUAGACUUGGAUGGAGAUAAUGCAAGUUUUAUGGCGGCACUGCUCCCAUCACUUAGGGCAGAAAUAUUGCAUGGAUCAAAUCAACCAAGAGGAGAUGACACAGCAAACGAAGCCAGGCAUACGUUAUCAGAUUCGUCCAACCAGAUAUCCGUUAAUGUUCAGCAGGAUGCCUCCUCUCAGCAAGCUGCAGCUAGUGUAACAGACUUGGGCAGACAUCGAUCACCGGGCGUUACGCUAGGAUUUAUCAUUGGAGAAAUACAAGCUGCAACAAACCAGUUGAGACGGUUAACAAAUAUACACACUCGUUCGAGAGGCUCAGCCAACAGAAGAAUUAUGAAUAGGGAUAGUAACGAUUCUAGUUUUAAUACAAAUGAUGUUUUGUUUGUGACUGAUAGAAGAACUAGGGGAUCAAGAUUCACAAACUUUGAGAAUUUGGGAAGGUUUUCACUUAAUGGAGCAGAGGUUGAUGGAGUGGUUGCGGAAGGACAGUCUAGCAGUGGCACCAACAACGCUUUAGGGCUGGAUCGCAGAAUACUACAGUCUAUACCGCACCUUUUAAACACAUUCGAGCCGCAACUUAUAAACAUAUUGCAACCACGAGGAGCACCGGCAAAUGUAGCUUCAGCAUCACAAUCAUUUGACGUUUCAAACCUUUUAGAAGCAAAUGAUGUAACAUUUGACAGUGUGGUUGAAAAUAUUCUUGGACUUUUACCAAAGUCUCCUUGUGCAAGAGAUUCUAAUUUAACGGAGAAUGAAAGAACAUUGUUGAGUUACUGUGGACUUUCAAGAUCUGAUUGGAAUACAAUGGGAAUAAUUGGAAUAUGCAAAGUUUUUUACCUAAAGAGUGAGAUAAAUAAAAAGAUGUUUUUCAAACUGCUGUAUAACUUGGCAUCUUUUGGAGGACCAGUGUGUGACACUCUCCUGAAACUAUUUCUGGUUAUGAUAAGUUCAUCAAUUUUGAGUGUUAAUGCCGAAUCGACAUGUACAGAUAUAAAUGAUUCAUUUUUCAAAAAUCUUCCAAAGAUAUGCAAUGUAAAAAAUGCUUCUUUCCCCCCAAAGCAAACAUUUUCAUCCUCUUGUAAGGAAACAGUAGAAUCUGGGACAAAGAAUCCUCAAAAUACGGCAUCCCAAUUGUUCCAAGGUAGUGUCACUUCUUCAGUUUCUCUCAACUCAAGCUAUUGUAGCUACGUUUCUUCUGAAAAGGUAUUGGAACAGUUGAGAAGUUUACUUAUUGCGUUGCCAAGUACUAUAAGCUUCUUUUCAAAUUCUAUAUCUACACCAUCUUCUGAGGAGAUUGUGACAAGCCAGGAAUUAAAAAGAAAGAAGAAACGUCUAAGUACUAGUACUUUGAAAAACACACCCUCGAUUUAUCCAAUCAAUUUCUUUUUCAGUGCAACAGCUACUCAUUUGUUUCAAUCGUCCACGAAACAUAUGAAUCACUUGCUGAUGAUUAUCCACAAUUUGAUAGUGGCACCUGAGAAUAACAUACCAGCUGACACUCAAAAGGACUUUUCAAAUUGUAUUGAUUUAGUUUCUUCGGAGAACAACAUGCUAGAAACCUGUGCGCUAGCUAGCUCAUCACCUAGCGAACCAAACAAUGUUCAAAAGGCUAUAAUUGAUUCAUUGGAUGAAGAAUCAUUGGGUCUAUUCCUAAAUGUGUAUUCUUCCUGGAAAUGUCCAAGCAGUUGGGUUCAAUUUUGCAAUAUUAGAGAUAUUAGCUCUCAAAACCAGCUUCGUAUAAUCGCACAGAUAUUUGGAGCGCUAUACAAUAGUAAACAUAGCCAGUUUAUCACAGGUGUUUUUAAAGAAAAAUGUUUAUUACUUAUUGAUCUUGUUUCAACAAAAUUGAGGGUCACAAAGUCUUUAGCAUGCACUGAUCAAGAUCUGGAGCCAAUUAUUUUUGCGCUUUUGAGAGUGGUUACUUUAGUUAAUGAGAUGUUUACAGAAGCUUAUAAACCAAAGGAAUCAGAAAAUACACCUGUUUUGAAGCUUUCCACAGAUUUUUACAGGAAUUUGCCAUUUGAGAGAAUAUGGAAGGCACUAGAUGAUGUCAUGCUUUCACUCAUGGAUAACAAUGCAUUGGAUUCCCAUGAAAUUUCAGCCUUUGAACGUUUGAGAGGUUUGAUACCAUUGCUUGAAGUAUAUCUACUCAUCUCACAGGGAAAUAUCGCUAUGGAAUACAACUUGGAUCAUAUAUCAAAACUGGAAGAGACACUUUCUCUAAUUGACUUUGAUAUUGAUGCGCAAAAGCAGACCAGAGAAAAGUGGGAUAACGAUUCCUCGCAUUUGGAGCUGAGUAGUACACAUUUAGAUUUAAUAAAUUUCGUGGAAAGACAUAAGAAUGCCAUUAACAUAAUUGUGAAACAGUCACCAUCCUUGCUGAAUUCUGGAUUCCAACCUGUUGUACGAUUAGCGCCAAUGUGCUUGAAUUUUGACAUCAAACGCCAGUACUUUAGGAUAAAACUCAAGGAGAAACGUCAAGGAAUUCGCCUAGAACCCAUUAAGAUUACCGUAAGGAGGAAGCACGUAUUCCUUGAUUCAUAUCAUCAACUUCGGUUAAGAUCAGGAGAUGAAAUGAAGGGAAAGCUUACUGUCUCUUUUGGAGGUGAAGAAGGUGUAGAUGCUGGUGGAUUAACGAGGGAAUGGUUUACAAUUUUGUCAAAGGAGAUGUUUAACCCAAAUUACGGUCUCUUUACUCGUGAAGGAAGAAAGCAAGAGUUUAACCAUCCAAAUCCGCUUUCUGGAAUUAAUCCUGACCAUUUGAACUUUUUUAAAUUUAUUGGUCGUGUGAUUGGAAAAGCCCUUUAUGACGGACAUCAUAUGGAUGCAUACUUUUGCAGAUCGUUUUACAAGCAUAUGCUCGGUAGAAAAAUUACUCCAGCGGACGCAGAGUCUGUAGAUCCACAGUUUUAUGAGAACCUCAUUUCAAUUGACAAGUAUAGUCUCAAGGACCUUGAUUUAGAACUUUACUUUAGCACGGAAAUUGAUGAAUUUGGAAAGGUCAAAGUCAUUGAUUUGAUUCCAAAUGGUCGCAAUAUUCCGGUUACGGAUGAAAACAAACACAAGUAUAUAGAAUUACUCUGUCGUCACAAGGUCACAAAUGGAAUCAAGGAGCAAUUGGAUGCAUUUAUGGCUGGAUUUAGGGAAUUGAUUUGUCCGCAAUUAAUUUCUAUUUUUGAUGACAGAGAACUUGAACUGUUAAUCAGUGGUAUACCAACGAUUGAUCUGCAAAACAUGAAACAAAAUGUCGAUUAUGUAAAUUAUACUGAGAAUAGUGAGCAAAUUGUAUGGUUUUGGGAGAUUUUGGAGGAGCUGGACCAGAAUCACCUGGCUGCCUUUUUACAGUUUGUCACCGGAACAAGUAGAGUUCCAAUUGGUGGCUUCAAGAACUUGAUGGGUAUGCGUGGUCCACAGCGAAUUUCUAUUCACAAAACGUUUGGAGAUAACAGACUUCCAACUGCACACACGUGUUUUAAUCAGCUUGAUCUCCCCGCAUAUCCAGACAAACACAUGUUAAAGUCCAAACUUCUUCAAGCAAUCCUAGAGGGAAAGGAAGGAUUUGGAUUUAUUUAA